AACAACGAUCAACGAGUUAAUGAUAAUAGACCCAUAGGUAGACCUAGAGGUCGUUUACGAGGACGUCCUCCGCGUCCUCGAGGAAGACCACGAGGUAGCUCACAAAGCCAAUUACAUUCAAUUUUAGCUUCUCAAGGUCAAUCCUUCAAUCAAACAGAUAUAAAUCUUGAAACUUCUGAUCCUGACAACUCAUUUAGAGACGAAAUUAGUUUAAAUGAACUGAUAAAUCAACAAAUACACUUUCAAAGUGAUCGACGUCCCAGAGGACGACCUCGUGGAAGUCGGACUAAUCAUCCAAUACGUAAUUUGACAUCGCAAACAACCGUACCUCACGAAGUAUCUCAAUCAGAUGCAAGAGAUGAAGUUAGCUCAAAUGAUGAAAUUACAAUUUCUCAAGAAGUUCCGCAUCAAAGUAGUCACCGUCCUAGAACACGUCCACGUGGAAACUGGGUUAAUUAUUCGACAAACAGAUUGCCAUUACAAAUGAAUACACAUCCAGACACUACUCGGUCUCAAGCUGAUAUUAACUUAUCAAGAGAUGAAGUUAUAGUGAAUGAUGACGUGCUUUCACAAGGUCAGGAUCCUCAAAAUGUUCAACGUUCUAGAGGUCGUUCACGUGGAACCAGAGCAUCACGUAGAACUAUUUCACAAGUUCAUGCAAAUCGAGAAACAAAUGAUAACUUGUCAAGAGACGCUGAAGUUAGUGGAAGUGAAUCUCGAGGCGAUGUUUCUGGUAAUUUGCGAGAAGAAAUCAUUAAUAUGUCAAAUCCUCUUGAUAAUUCAACUGAAGUAGUAGCCACUACUAUUGCUGAUAAUUCACGUGAACAAACAGGUUCUGUAUCAUCGUUAGGACAUGACGACGAUGAAGCUGAUGACGGUGGGGAUCCUGAGGCACAUAUUAUGGAAGAAAAUGAGCAAGAUCGAUGGAAAAAAUUUGAAGUUGGUGCGAAAUCGAAUAAAAAUUUAUACUAUAUACCUGACGUUGGUGAAGUGAACCUUACACGUCAACAAAGAAUUACUGCAUUUCUGAAAGUUAUACCAGAGAUUAUACCUUCGAGAAAAUACGAGGAACUUGACAAUUCAUUAAAGACUGUUGUGGAAUUUUUAGAUAACAAUGAAAUUAUAAAAGCAUUUUGCUGUCUUCAACAAAUUUCAAGGUCUCAUACAUAUGUUACAUUUCAAAGGUUGGAUAAAUAUAAGAUAUUUAAUAAGUUGGAUGAAAAGUAUGACAAAAAUCAGGAUAUUAUUGAUGAAUUCCUCAUCGAAGAUGGUAAACCAUCGCCUCUUUUUUCGUUAUUGAUUAAUGGGUUAAGAACAAAAUUAGACGAUAUCUUAACAACACCACAUUUGGUGGACUCCAACUGUGCAAAAAUUCGUCUCCGAGACGUAUUAAAUAAAAAAAUCAAAUUAAAGUUCGUUGGUAAGACGGAAACUUAUUUGAAGAAAGCAUGGCCUUAUCGACGCUUUAAAAAUAUAAGUGAAGGAUUAAUUCGUCGAACAAUGACAAAUAAUGAAAUCGGAAGUUUUGAUUCAACUCGUUUUGAUUCAAAUUCUAAUGAUUCUCAUACGUCAGUUGAUGAUCAUGAUGAUUUUUCGGAAGACGAAGUAGCAAAUAAUAAUGACGCGGAUGCUCUUGCCCAAGAUAACUUACAUAAUGAGGAUCUUCUCGGUUCAAUUAAUCAAGAAUUAAUAAAUAAUGACGAGAAUACUUUAGAUGCUAGAAGACGAGAUAUUAUUCCCUAUGAUUGGGAAGAAGAAAGCAAUAACGAUGAAAGUGGCAUGGAACCGCAUGUCGCGUCUGAUGAUGAUUUUUCUGAUUCAAGCGUUUCUGAUCACUACAAUUUUUGGUUUAUGAAGGAUGGGGUUAAGAAGAAAAUAGCAUUAGAUUCGACUGUAUAUACGGUUAUUCACAGUUAUUUAACAAAGAAAGAAAUUCGUACGCUAAAGAUUGAUGAAAUAUUUGAAAAAGAAUAUGUUAUUCACUUCGAAAAGGUAGAGGAACAGACAUAUGAAAAUGACAAUGAUUUACUUGAUGAAUUGGAAUUUCAUGACCAAAUGCUACUCAUUUUAGAUCUUAUGAGGAAUCUAUAUAAUACAUAUAACAGGAGUGUUUUUGAUUAUUAUGAUCCUGAUAUAUUUCGAAGCUCGCAAAUAAUUCAAAAAUUGAGACCAUUCGAAAAGAAAUUUAUAAGUCGUAUUACUGGGUAUUACCCAAAAGUGAUCGUUACGCUUUUGAGCCACUAUGGGUUCUUAUUUGACGGUUUCUGUCGUCACAAAUAUUUCAUUAGAAAUCUCUUCGGUCUUAGGAAGGUACCAAGAGGCUUGUCUCCAAGCCUAAUCGAUUCAAUUAGGAGUAAAAAACUAUUACCAAAAACUAAGAAAAAAGAGAACGUUCAAAAAGAAGUUUUAACUAAUUGGACUCGAGAGAAAUUUCGCAAGUAUUCUGAUGCAAAAACAACUUUUGGAAUCACUUUCGCAGGAGAGAUGGGAAUAGGUGCGGGUGUUACACGUGAUUUUUUCACACAAAUGUCUCAUUAUUUUCAAACUGUCGGAUCUAAUAUGUGGAUCGAUCUUGAAACCUCGCCCAAUCUUGAUGAUUAUGUGAGCAAUGAGUACAAUUUAUAUCCUACACUGUUUGAUGAAGCUUAUGCUGCUUCAGAUGAAGGAGUUCGCGUGCUUAAGGAUUUCUAUAUUCUUGGAAUGUUGACUGCGAAAUCAUUAGCCGACAAACAAAUCAUGGAAGUUCCUCUCAACAAGUUGUUCCUCAAAAAGCUCAUUUUCGGGGAGUACCCAACUCCAGAACUUUUCAACUACGAUUUUACAAAAUCUGAAAUUCAAAGUCGCAAGGAAAUGAAAGUUAAAAAAUUACUUGGAUUGAUAGAUCAAAUUAAUCCGUCGAUCACCAAAAUGAUAAAUCAUUUUCAUAGCGUUCAAAAUAAUUUGGAAUAUUCGGAUUGUUAUUAUAUUCCGGCUGGUCGUAGUUGGCACAAAAAUAAUUUGGUGUCCAUUGAUCUUCCGGAAUUGGAAUCACAUAAUAGUUUCUAUGUGUUUUUAAAUAAAAUCAAAGAAAUCGUAUUUGAAACUGGAAUCCGUGUACAAAUAAGUAAUUUUAGAGAAGGUUUCAAUCAUGUAUUCCCUCUGGAUCAUUUAAAAAAUUUCUAUACCGUAGAGGAGAUACAUAAAGUGGUCUUUCACAAUAAAAAGGAGGAUUGGUCGUCAGAUGUCAUUCGUCGUGCUUUCUUUGUUAAUAAUGAAAGCUUUAAAAAUGAAGUUGAUAAAAUUUCACAAAUUUUAUCAAAAUUCAAUAUCGAUGAACAACGAAAGAUGCUCCGCUUUUUUACCGGAUCAACAAGGCUUCCUAUCGGUGGAUGGAUCAAAUUAAAACCUGAAUUGGCUGUCAUUGAAGACACGGGAGCCUACCCAAUCGGUAGGACAUGCUUCAACAAGUUGUCUGUUCCUCGAAAUAAUAGUCUCCAAGAUCUGGAGGAUAAGUUGAAGUUAGUGAUCAACAAUAGUGAAAUAGCAGAACGAAUUGACAGAGAAUAA